ACUGUAUGCUAUAUGAAAGGCAGAAACAUUGUGAAUAUGUUAAAUAGUAUAAUGAACGCCAUUACUAAGGAGAUCGGUACGCUAUUGAGUUCAGUCGAUCAUUACAGGACCACACCAGCUUAUGUCGAUGCUAGUGUGAAAUUUCGAUCUUUGUACGGAUUUCUCAUGACACGUAAUAAGAGUUGGCAACUUGAUGUAACAUGGUACAUCUUGAGAUGGAGAAAGAGAAAUAGCUAGUUCCAAUAAACGUUGAAAGAAUCAAUGUAAAAUUUUAGAUCCAAACACACUAAAUUAAGUGUUUUUUAAAAUUAUUUCUAGAAGGAGAAAGAAUAGUUGUAUUUAAACUUUGUUAAGAAGCUAGUAGAUUAAUGAUAACUAAGUAAUAGUUGUUUUUAUUACAAUAUGAAGUAACUUUAACAAGCAUUAUUUAUUAUAUAAAUUAGAAAUGGAUAAAUACUUGCAAUAAAAUUCAAUAUUCUAAAUUUUAGAUUUUUUGUAUCCUAUCUCCGUCGAUCCAUAAACAACAAUGACACUCGAAGAGCAAAUACAAGAGGUAGGAGACAAGUCGUGGUUAAAUUGUCUUUACAAAAGAAGUUCUAUGAAAACAAAACGACUUCCUCGAAAAUCGAAGAGAAUCAUUUGAAAUUCCUAAAAAAAAAUUUCUAGAUGUUGUGUCUCGAGAGCGACUAAAACUUAUGCAUGAACGUUUCGUCUGUUGUAGGUCACCACUGAUAUCGAUGAAAUCAAACGGGUGAUUGACUCUACUACUCGCCCUCGCAUAAAGCAAAAUCUGAAACUUCAAAAAUGCAAAUUUGAAAAGGAAUUAGUCCAACUUCAGGAAAAGCUGCAGAAGCAGCAACAGGCUGCUGCUCAAGCAGAAGAAAAAUCAGCCAGUGCCAGUGCCCAAUCAACAGCUACUCGAUCCUACACAAAGGACAUAUCAGUCUAUGGUAGGAUACUAGUACAAUAAAGAUUUCUGUCUGUUUUCUACUAUUGAUUACAGCAUGGGAUCAAAGUGAUAAAUUUGUCAAGGUCUACGUUCAAAAUCUCGACGGUGUCGGCAGCUUACCCGAGGAUCACAUCCAAUGCUCCUUCGAAAAGAGGUAAGGACUUAUGAUCAAACUUUUCUCGGAUUUUAAUGAGUCGACAUUGUACUCUCCUAGUGGCUUCCAUCUGCAAAUUCAAAAUCUAAAAAAUAUCAACUACUUUUUGAAGAAAGUUGGUCUUCUGCAUGAGAUUCUACCGGAUCAAUCGACUUUCAAAGUCUGUAUCGUAUAUCGAGUUAUCUUUUGUGUUUUUUAUGAAUUUUUCGUACAUAUAGGCUAAAAAAGAUAUGGUCAUUUUAUCUUUACGAAAAGUCGAGCCGAAAAAUUGGGAAUGCUUUUUAAAGGACGAGAAAAAAGCGCCUAUGAAACCACUUCCAAAACUUGACAAAACAAAGGAAUCGAGUGAAUCCUUCUUGAAUAUGGUAGAGGAAAUGUACGAAAAUGGCGACGAUGAUACGAAACGAGCCAUUGCAAAAGCCUGGGUUAAAUCACAAGAUAAGAUGAAUGCGUUUACCGCUGAAUCACAUGAUAAAGAGGAUUCUGGAAUUCUUCGAACUUCCGAUUUUACAAUUUAUCCUGCUAAAAAGAAUCUAUGA